AUGGCGAAACAUCAUCCAGAUCUUAUUAUGUGUCGAAAACAACCAGGCAUUGCUAUUGGACGUUUAUGCGAAAAAUGUGACGGAAAAUGCGUUAUCUGUGAUUCAUACGUAAGACCUGAUUCCCUUGUUCGGAUUUGUGACGAAUGCAAUUACGGAUCAUACCAAGGUCGUUGUGUGAUUUGUGGUGCCCCUGGAGUAUCCGAUGCUUACUAUUGUAAAGAAUGCGUUUUACAAGAAAAGGAUCGAGACGGAUGUCCAAAAAUCGUGAACCUUGGGUCGUCAAAGACGGAUUUGUUUUACGAACGGAAAAAAUACGGGUUUAAGAAAAGAUGA